GGUAAAACAGCCUAGGAUAGGAUAGGAUCGGGGUCCUUAAGGUGAUUAGGGGUCUUUAAGGUGGUGGUUAGGGGUCCUUAAGGUGAUUAGGGGUCUUUAAGGUGGUGGAUAGUGGUACUUAAGGUGGAUAGGGCCCCUUAAGGUCCUUAAGGUGGUGGAUAGGGGUCCUGAAGUUGCCGGAUAGGGGUCCUUAAGGUCAUUAAGGUGGUCGAUAGGGGUCUUUUUCCGUGAUAGUUUAUUGUCAGACAACGAAAUGAAGAGGAAGUCCAACCAACCCCAGCAGUCAAAAUGUGCCGGCACCAUCACAGACCGCCCAAAGACCACCGAGGCGGUCUCUGUGGCUGCUACAGAACCACACAGAGUCUCAGAACCAGCUGUGGCAAAACCAAGACACCUGUCUAUGUCCCAUCACAGCCUCAGCCUCCUCAGGUUCCUGAACGAAGACCGGAACAGGGAGCGGUUCUGUGACGUGUCUGUGGCUGUGGGCGGUAACAUCUAUAAAGCCCACAAAGUGGUGCUGGCCCAGGGCAGCAGCUACUUCCACGCAGAGCUGUCCAAGAACCCCUCCACGGGGCGGGUCACCCUGGACCACGUGGACGAGUCUGUGUUCAGACACCUCCUGGGCUUCCUCUACACCUCUGAGUGCGUGGUGGCCGAGGCGGAGGUCCCAGCUCUCAUGGAGGCGGCUCGCUUCCUGGACAUGAUGGAGGUGCUAAAGCUGCUGUGUGUGGAGGUAGGGGACGUUUGCCGGUCCCAGACGGAGAGGGACAAGGAGGUGGGGACUACUGGGACCACCGGGCGUCCAGAGGGGAUGGUCCGUGAGGAUCCACCAACCAGCACUGCAUGCUCCAUGUGUGGCCGCAGGCUGUGCAGCAUGAAGUCCCUGCAGAACCACAUGGUCCGGAGUCACGGGCUCCAACGCCGCGGGGAGCCGGCCCAGGAGCGGCCUGGGCCCAUCGCAGGGCCGGCUGAGACGGCUACCGGGGCCCGGAGGUCAGCUCGCAGCCGGAAGACCCCCGCCAAGUACAAGAGGGAUUUGCUCACGGUGUACCCCCUGGCUAAGCCCAAAGAGAAGCCCACCACCUCGUCAGCAAAAGAGGAGGAGGACGAGGAUGAGGAAGACGAGGAGGAGGAGGAGGAGGAGGAAGAAGAAAAAAGGGAAGGAGACACACUCAUGAAAAAGCCUAACCCUAAAUUGGACUUGAGCGAGACGUCGCAGUUUCAGACGGACAAUGAGGAGGAGGGAGUGAGGAUGAGGGAGGGGAGCGAGGCAGUGGUCGGAGGUGAAGGCUCGCUGAAGCGUGCAAAAUGGCAGCAGAGUUCUUCAGAAGCUGACGCUAAGCUGGGCCUCUCCGGGCCCCCAGGGGCCCCGACCGUGAAGAAUGUCCCCCAGGCUCCGGUGUACCCUGAGGGUCUGGCCCCCAUCCUCAUCCACCAGGCCAACAAGAAGAUCCUCAAGUGCCCCAAAUGUGACAAGACCUUUGACCGUGCAGGGAAGUACGAGAGUCACACCAGGGUGCACACGGGCGAGAAGCCCUUCCAGUGCGACGUCUGUCUCCAGCGCUACUCCACAAACUCCAACCUGACGGUGCACAAGAAGAAGCACGCGGGAGACUCGCAGCUCCAGAAGAAGAAUCACAAGUGUCCUUUCUGCAGCAAGCUGCACGCCAGCCGCAAGACGCUCACCAAGCACGUCAGGAGAUUUCACCCCGACCAGAUGCAGGAGUUUCUUGCCAUGCGCACCAAGAAGAGUGACGGCUGGAAAUGUGCGGUGUGUCUGAAGACCUUCACACGCAGGCCUCACCUUGAAGAACACAUGAUCCUACACAGCCAGGACCGGCCCUUCAAAUGCACCUUCUGUGACCAACACUUUAAGUCCAGGUUCGCCCGACUGAAGCACCAGGAAAAGUUUCAUUUGGGUCCAUUUCCCUGUGGGAUCUGCGGCCGACAGUUCAACGACACGGGCAACAGAAAGAGGCACAUCGAGUGUACCCACGGGGGCAAACGGAAAUGGACCUGCCCCGUUUGCGGGAAAUCAGUGAGGGAGCGGACCACCCUGAAGGAGCACCUGAGGAUCCACAGCGGGGAGAGACCACACCUCUGCAGCAUCUGUGGCCAGAGCUUCCGCCAUGGCAGCUCGUACAGGCUCCACCUCAGAAUGCACCACGAUGACAAGCGCUACGAGUGUGAGGAAUGCGGGAAGACAUUCAUUCGCCACGACCACCUGACCAAACACCAGAAAACUCACUCUGGGGAGAAAGCGCACCAGUGUGAGCAAUGUGGGAAGUGUUUCAGAAGGCCCGACCAUCUGACGGUCCACUACAAAACCGUGCAUCUGGGAGAGAAAGUGUGGCAGAAGUAUAAAACUGCGAUGCACGAGUGUGAGGUUUGCAAGAAAGAAUUCAAAGGGAAGUCCAGCCUUGAAAUGCACUUCAGGACACACUCUGGUGAGAAGCCUUACUGGUGCUCCGAGUGCCACCAGAGCUUCCGCAUCAAGAAGACGCUGACCAAGCACAUGGUGACCCACUCCGACGCACGCCCCUUUAACUGCCCCCACUGCAGCGCCACCUUUAAGAGGAAGGACAAGCUCAAGUACCAUGUGGACCACGUGCACGUCAUCAACACGGUGGUCCUCGAUGCCGACAAGUUGGCCGCCGCCACCGCCGCCACUCUCCCCCCGUACAGGGAUGCGCAGAAGGGGUACCAGGCCGAGUCCGGCGAACCGCCACGGCACGCGGCCACGGUCAAUGGCAGUCCUCCGAUGACGCUGGCGCCCAUCCCCAUGUCUGCCGACUCUGCCAUGCAGCAGAGAGGGGGCUUGGAGGGCAGCGGCGGACAUCAGAGCCCCCUGUCCCCCCAGCCACCCCCCGGCGUCCUCCCCAUGCACCCCCAGGGCCCGCUGCCUCCCGGCGUCCUCCCCAUGCACCCCCAGGGCUCGCCCCCGGCCGCUGCCUACCAGGCGGCCGCCGAGGCCUUCCUGGAGAAGUACGCCCUUACCCCGCAGCCCACGGCCGUGCUCCACACCGUGCGCUCCCACCACAUGCUGGACCCCCGGGAGCAGUCCUACCUCGGGACGCUGCUGGGGCUGGACCCGGCGGCGCCCGGCUUGGACCACGCUCACUGACCGGCCUCGGGGGGGGGCCCCGGCUCGGACCACGCUCACUGACCGGCCUCGGGGGGGGCCCCGGCUCGGACCACGCUCACUGACCGGCCUCAGGGGGGGGCCCCGGCUCGGACCACGCUCACUGACCGGCCUCGGGGGGGGCCCCGGCUCGGACCACGCUCACUGACCGGCCUCGGGGGGGGCCCCGGCUCGGACCACACUCACUGACCAGCCUCUUGGACCCCGGCUCGGACCACGCUCACUGAAUGGCCUCGGGGGGGGCCCCGGCUCGGACCACGCUCACUGACCGGCCUCAGGGGGGGGCCCCGGCUCGGACCACACUCACUGACCAGCCUCUUGGACCCCGGCUCGGACCACGCUCACUGAAUGGCCUCGGGGGGGGCCCCGGCUCGGACCACGCUCACUGACCGGCCUCGGGGGGGGGCCCCGGCUCGGACCACGCUCACUGACCGGCCUCGGGGGGGGGCCCCGGCUCGGACCACACUCACUGACCAGCCUCUUGGACCCCGGCUCGGACCACGCUCACUGAAUGGCCUCGGGGGGGGCCCCGGCUCGGACCACGCUCACUGACCGGCCUCGGGGGGGGCCCCGGCUCGGACCACGCUCACUGACCGGCCUCGGGGGGGGCCCCGGCUCGGACCACGCUCACUGUCUGGCCUUGGGGGGGGCCCCGGCUCGGACCACGCUCACUGACUGGCCUCUUGGGAGGGAGGAACACUUUGACCGUCAUAUGAGCUAACAUCGCCUUACAUCAUUGUUGAGUAGUCAAUUUUGAUUGGUCAAUAACGUUUCAAGGGUAUGCAUUUUUUUUUUUUAAGUGAUUGGAAACCAUCACUUAAGGGGAGGAAAAGGGAAGCCUUUUAACCGUGUCAAAUCAAUGCACUACAAAACAUUAACAACAAUGGUUAAACUUUAAAGUAUUGUUGACCGGAUGUCUGCUCGACGACAACACAAUCACAUUCGCUGCAGAAGAAUAUUUAAAUUUCGGCAAUGUUCAAUGUUCCUUUUCUCCUUCGUGCAGCAUUCAAAUAAGAGGUCCCUACUGGUCCGGGUACUAAAGUAUAAUCCGUAUUCCCAGCAAAAUCCUUAAGUGGAUGAAUGAUAAUACAUUGUCCAUGUUUUUUCCAAUGUCCAUGAACUUCAAGAAUAUCAAGUAGAUCAAACUAGAAAAACAGCCUUUAUUUAUUUAUUUUUUUGUCAGGCACUAACCCUAACCAAAAACGAGAAAUCGAUUUGAAUUAUCCUUACAAAUUGAAGACCACAAGUGAGUGGAAUCAGAGAGGGUAAACCGGAAGUAAACUUAAACCAUGAAAAUGAUCAGAUUAAGCUAGAUACCUCAUUAGUGUGAUCUAUAGUGAUAAUAUUGUAAUUAAGUGGCAUUAGUUAUUGUGGAAAGUGUUACCUCUAUCCGCUACCUAAAUAAAGAACAUCUAUAAAUCACCAGCAGAUGUAGAUUUAUUGGAAAUGUAAUUUAUCAUUAAUAACCGUAUUAUUACUAUAAUUUAAAACCCUUUCAAUGUAUAGCCUUACAAAGGUGGAGACAUGGGCAGACUUUUCCCUGAAGUCGGUGAUUAAAGGGCCUAUUUGUCCUAACCCAAUGUAGCCAAACGCUACCCUGAAGACAUAUUUAUCUAGGUUUGGACAUUGCUGGAAACAAUUGGGACAAAUUACCGAACUAAACUAAAUGUUAGUAUUAAACUACAUGGGACAAGAAGUUAAGUCAAGUAUAUGUGUCUAUAAUUUAAUGAAUGGAUUUAAUUUUCUAUUACUAUAUAGACCCGUGUAUAGAGUUAUAUUGAAGCAAAAUAAAGCAUUUGACAUCUUCAUGUCAUACAUCUAAAUCUACAAGCACUUCUAUCCUGAUGGUGGUUUCUACUAAACCUUCGCCCAAUAAGCAUAAUCCAUACAGGGAUACGCAGGAUAAAGAAUAACACAAAAACAUGUUUGUAGUUUUAUCGAUUCUAUUUCUGCAGAGACUGCGCAUGGCGGUGUUCACUCUACUAAUGUUAACCUUACUGCUUCCAGAGACGCCAUUACUGUCUCCAGCAGCGGCCUAUGUUUUGCCUCAAGUAGGUUGUUGAUAGUCAGACCCUUUUGUCCCAGACAGAUGACCCAUGCAACCAAUCUUGCACUCAAAGAGGCUCUAUACUUAUAGAGGUAUGACAAAAGGUGUUCUGCAGAAGCAUGUGUCCUGUGCAAAUUUGACUGAGGGAAGGUGGCUGCUCCAAGAGGUAGUGGAGACCAGGCCCCUCAUUUAUCAAGAGUCCGUAGAAGAAAUUAUAAAUCCUAUCGUACAAAUGACAUUUUUAAUGUUCGUAUGCAUGAAAAUGUCGAAAUUAAUGAAGCAUUAUUAUGAUUGUCAUAGCCGCAAUAUCCCUUGAUAAAUACUGGUCCUGCUAAAUCCUCACGCUCGUUGCAUAUGGAGCAUUAUACACUGAUGAGUAAUUCAAGCUGACAUUUCUUGGUACACUCUCUGCCGAGCCCUGUUUCAGGUAGCUGGUUUUGAGGCAACCCCGAGUUUGUUCGCUCUGAGUUAGUGGAAACUCUGGGUUUUCCGUUUCAGGUAGCAGGUUCAGCGCAACCGAGAGUUAGUUGCUGCGGCAACAUACGCCGUGGACCUAACCUGCUCGGGAGGUGGUUAGACCUACUCUGAGUUUGUUGUCUAUAAGGCUGAAGGCAGCUCUCCGACAGAAGGAAGUGUUAGAAAUGGCAUGUCCUUUUCUACGAGAGCCUGUGGACGUAGAGGCUGCGAUCCUCAGAAGGAAUCUCCGUGAGGAACGAUUAUUAAGACCCCGGUUUUUUCCUGAUAAUUUUCUUCACGAGCGCUAUCGUUUUUCAGCGCAAUAUAUCAUUUAUUUAGAGCACCUUCUCAGCCCCCAUGUUAACUGUCAAACGCACCGGGGGCAUGCUUUAAGUUUAUUUAUUUAUUUUUUAUCGCAAUUAACGCAUGUGCAGAAUGAUCCGCCCCGUGCAUCCCACCCGCUCUGUACUACAGUCACUUCAACGUUGUGGCUUUCCCAUGAUCAGAGUAGCUGACUAACCACGGACCUAUAACUGCUGCAAGUCAAGAAACUCAUUUUAAGAAUGCAAGGCAGAAAAGACCCUGGUACUGCUUUUAACCAGAUGCUGUUCUUCUCUACAUGCACAUGCUCAGCAUAAUCGUCUGCAUUGUUCACUGAAGUAAAACCCUUUGAGUAAACUGUUCAACAAAAUAACUUGUCCCACCACAGCCCGUGUUCUAAUAAAGACAAUCUACUAAUUAUGAGGAUUUUUUUAUUUCCUGAAAGCACAAAAAAAAAAGUCAUUUAUAUUGGGUAUGUUUUUAUAGCAGGGAACAGUAGCCUAUCCCAGUUUGCACCUCACCCACCUAUAACUUAUGUUCCAAAAUUUGGAUCUUUUGAAUUGUUACAAUUGCAUGGAGGUUGGUGAGGGCAUCUGGUUCAAGUAGGGCGAUGACGCCAUCAGUAACUGGAAGAAGAUGAUUAGACAGUGCAAUUAUUACUUGAGCCAGAAUAUUGCCCCAUCUAAUAUGCAACGCGCUGGGUUGCGUGUACAUAUUUAAUUAUUUUGAAUAACCAACCUCUUAUACUGUAAAGGCACUUCUAUCCUGGGGGGUGGGGGGGAUCAGAGGAGCUCCCCCCAGGGAUGCCCUCAGCCACAGGACGCAUACUCUGUUGGCUGAGGGCCAUCUCCUCAGCCUAUGUGAGGGCUGCAGGUGGUGGACUCCCUCCAGUCUGCCGGGCCUCUGCAUUUUUUCGAUUUGCUAACAUGGAGGAAAAUGUUACCCUAAUAUUCAGUAAGCGCUAUUUUGAAGACACAUAUAUGUUUAUAAAUUUAUUUUGCCUAGGUGUAGCCUUCUAAUAUAUCUAAAUCCUAUUAAAUAUUGGCAGUGUUGGGGUGGCUAGGAAAUGUAGGCCUACUACUUACAUUUACUGCUUAAAUAUAGUAUACACAUAUAAUACAUGUUGAACAUAGCUGUUAAAUUAGGUAGAGCAGGCAAAACAGCACAAUUGAUUUGAUUUCAAUUAAACAUUAGUUUACCUGUUUAAACUAUAUUUUUGUACUUCAUUUGCUGCCAAGUCCUUGGGGGCAACUCGGGGUUGCGUAAAUUGACACACACACACACACACACACACACACACACACACACACACACACACACACACACACACACACACACACACACACACACACACACACAAUUUACAUAUUGAAUAAGUGGAAGAUAUUAAACUUUCCUCUUAUUUUAUUUUAUUUUACUAAUUUAUUUGACUCACGCAUUGACUUGUUCAACUAUUUCCUGCCAAGCUCUCUCUCGCGCUCUCGCUGCCGCGGCGGUAUUGCUUUUUUUUGUUAAAAUGGGUAACUGCUCGGCAUACACGUUCAUUAGAAUUUCCAAUUCCGUGGGGGAAAAGUAAGUGGAUCUACGCUUUUGGUCCAUGUUUGAUCAUGUUAUCAGAGAUCCAUUGAUGAUGGCUCUUGAUAGUCAACAGGCACGCCCUCAACCCAGAGUGAACAUACUCAGAGUUGAUUAACCCAACGCUGAUCACCUGUUCUGAAACCGAAAACCCAGAGUUGCUUUUCAACCCUGAACUCUGAGUCAACCAACUCAGAGCGCAGGAUUAAACUCAGAGUAUGUUAAACCAGCUACCUGAAACAGGCCUCCGGUCUCCCUUCUACACUAAAGGAUUCAGAGUUUGCAUAGUGUCCCUCUGCCCCGCAUAGUAGUCUAUCAGAGGAUAAAAGUACGCGUUUGCUAAAUACUUUAGCGAACACAGACCAUUGUGAGGUUGACCAAGGUCUCUAGAGAUUUGCCUGGACAGUAUCAUUGGCCAGUCAAUUCUCUUUGUUUACUGAUUUAAAUUCAUUGUCGGAUGAUGAUUGUCUGUCGCUCCUAUGUUGUUGGGAAAUUUUGCCAUGGAGGUUCCUCUUUAUAUCGGUCUAUUGGGCAGCGAUUCAAGGAAACAGAUUGAAUGUACUGUGUGCAUGAAGUCAUGAUAUUAUCAUUAGGGGUGGGAAAAAUAAUCGAUUUUCCGAUGCAUCGCGAUUCUCUCUAGAACGAUUCCGUCUCGAUGCAGAUAAAUUAAUAAUCUGAAUUAAUUUGUUUGCCUGCUGCAACAUUCAGUUCGCCAGAGGGAUUAUUUUAGUAAUUUUAAAACUAUUUAAUUUAUCUUCAGUGUGUAUUGGCCAAUCUGAUUUGUCUUUACACGAUUGCGAUUCAGCCUACACAUAGCAUGCACGCGAACUCAAAGCCAGGAUGUAUGUUUUUAAAGAUCACGCAUGGAAAUGUACAUAAGAAAAAUGUGUUUUGAUCGAAUCGUUGACCUCAUAAUCGGAAUCGAAUCGUGAGUUGCCAAGAGAUUCCCACCCCUAAUUAUCAUGGAGUGCAGGCCAAAAUUAGCUGGUCGAGGGCUGGGAAAACUCUUAAUUUUCACUGAAACGUGCCAUUAGCCAAAAACCUGAGGUGGGAGAGGACCUGGAAACCACCAUAAAGUUGGUGCGUUGGCUGAUAUCAUACUCCCUUCUUCUGCAGCCUGCAGCCCCCACCAAAUCCUCUAAUGCUAGAUUUCCCUUUUGAUGCGCACACCUCCUUAACAUAGACUUGUACAAGCAACUCAAGUUAUGCCUGCACAGACACCCUGGCUGCCCUCAACCGGCCGUAUGGCCAACCCCACCAACUGGUGCUUCAAAUACAGCAGAGGUUAUGGAUGGGCCAAGGACAUUCCAGACAUUCACCCUAAAGGUCUACACGCCUUGAUUUGUAGUCUACACUCUUUUGCAAAUGAUUUGAGCGACCACUGCAUUAUUGCUGGUGUGAGAGAUACAAGGUUAUAAAUGUAAUCUGCGUAUUAUAAGCAGAAAUCUUCCGCGUGUAAGCAGAAAUCUUACACAGCACAGUCACUGCCACUAUGAAAGUGUUAAAUGAUUUCAUAAGUGCUAUUGAUUCUAAAGAAUAUUGUGCAGUGCCAUUCUUGCCAUCUGUCAAGGGAAUUUGAAACGGUUGACCACUCUGUCCUGUCUGAGGUUGGUGGAUAUUGGAUUGACUUUAAAAGCUGUAAAAUGGUUUGCCAACUACUUGAGGGGCCGAACACAAAGUGUUCAGGUUGAUUGUGUGUUCUCAAACUCCUUACUUAUGCAAAAGUAAGUCCCAUUUAAUUUACUAUUUAUGUGAAUGGCUUGUGUCAAAAUAUCAGAAAAGCAAAGUGUCAUUUUUAUGCAGAUGACACCGUUUUGUAUUGCUCUGCCUCAUCCUUAGCAAGUGCCAUAGAAUAACUGCAAUCUCCUUUUGAUACUAUUCAGGAUAAUCUCCUCAAAUUGAGACUUCGGUUACCCUUGGUAACCGAAUUACUAAGGGUUCAGCAAAUCUCCCUCCCUCAAUGCUACUGCUGCCCAGAGCUUAAUGCUUUCAGUAGUCACCCGGAUAUCCGCUUGUUCUGCGACCCCAGAACCGAAGAUGACAGUGUCAGGUUGAGGUCGCCUUCCUAAGAACCAGAUCCUGGGAAGCACCAAAGAAGCAACAGACAAUCCCUCACCUGGAAACUAUAGCAACUGAUUCAUGGGGCUACACAUCACAUCCUAGGAUCAACAUCGAUGGCUACCCCUUAUCAAGAGGCUGAGACGCAACUCCUUCAGCAGGGACAGAAGGACGGUCUCGCCUCGAGAUCGCCCGCCUUAAGGCCACUAAGCCUCUUCCGUUUAGCCUCCUGUCAGCUUCGUUUAAGAGGAGGUCUCGGACCCAUUUCCCUAUUGCCAGAUGUCAUAAACCGGCAAAGAAGACUAAAUACUUCCCCGGGACUGUACAGAAUUCCAGCGGAAUCCGGGAGUAGCUGUAGGAAAGGGAGCAGGGACAAUGGUCAACACAGUUUCCCUCUAUUGCUCACACACGAGCCGGUACUGGUAACGGGGAUAUUAAUAUAGUUUAGUUGGUCCUGGUUCAUGGUUCUUGCCACCCUACAACAUACCAUCUACUGAACCAUUCCAUCCUAGAUGAGGUUUCACACAAUUUCAUGUGCAGGUAACAUCAAUUGGCAAUCAUCAAUCAAUUGCAUUAACUGGUUAUGUUUGCCACUACUAUAUUAUUUAAUUCCAUUGCUCUCCCGCUUAUUUGCAUACGCAUGGUCAGAGCCUCUGUGUCACUGUCAACAUACUCCUGAUCUACGCACAUUAAGCCAAGAGCAAAUUGAUAAAUACCAGGUUUGGUGGAAAACUGCAUAUGCAUGGUUUAUAGACAGAUAAACCAUGCAUAUGCAACAUUGAUCAAUGAGAACUCUGGUACCUCAUAAUUUGCCUCAACCCAUCUUCCCCUGUGCGAGCCUUACCGAAGCCCCAAUGUGUCGGCCAAAUACUUUACAGGAGUGUGGGCUGCAAUGUGGACCUCAACCUCAGACAAUGUCCUGUGGGAAUCCAUGUAAUGGGAAAUAUAUUUGGCAUGGGCAAAUGGUAGGCUUUAUGACGCAUUAUCAUUAGCACAAGAAGACCAGUACCAAAUA